ACAUCCGACAGCCAAAUUCCAUUCUUCGCGGAUAUGUUCCUGAUUAUUGUCAUCGUUACAUCGAUUGGCAGCGUUGUGCUAUACAUUGCAGUAUAUGCUAUGACUCGGAAAAAUGUCCGAUCUGCACGAAAAAUACAAAUGGUCUGA